GUUUUGUACUAUCGGUAGUAUUAUUUAGGUCCAGUGUGUUGUGGUGGGUGCGGGGGGCGCUUGAGCGGGGGAAAGUAGUUGUGUUCGCGGCAGUUUGCCAGUUUGCAUAUGUCUCCCACCAGGAGGCACUGGCGACAGAACCCGCUCACUUGACUAGCUGCCGAUGCUUUGGAGGGCGUAGGAUGAGAGACAAGGUCGGCUGGUCGCUUGGGGACUUGGCCAUACAGCAGUUCGAGUUUCUUGAUUCGAGGCGACGUUUUUGGUGACAAAACUACUGACGUGUUGUACUGGAUGUACGGUUUGUACUUGCCCCCUUUGAAGACGAGGGGCUCCAGGGGGUGAUGAUGCUGGGGAUGAUAGUGGUGGGGCUUCACUACCACGAGGGCGUCGGAGGACGAACCUGGGAGGUACACUUCUGCCGUCACUUUGGUGCGUUGGGCCAGCGCUGCGUGGGGAGGCGUGUCUACCACUACUGGAGGCAGAAUGUGAUGCUUGGGUUUCGUCCUUCUAGGCGUGGACAGACUUGUAGCAGACUUUGUCAAAUCCUGGACAGCCACGGGGAAGAUGGCCAAUUCGGUGAUGAUGUUGGGCGUGUGGGAGAUGAAGUCGAAGUUGUCGCUGGAUAUAUCGGACGACUCGAAAAGGGACACCGCCGAGCUUAAACUCGUCUCCCGUGGAGACCGUUUUUGGCUGCGUCUAGGUCACGCGUAAGCUACUGGAAGUGCAGAUGCGACGAAGGUGACCGGUUGGUACCGUGAAGUCGAAGUGGGGCCACCACCUCGACGGGGGGCUUCUGGUUUUCGUAGGGGGACGUGGUCUGCGACCAUACCUACAGGUUUCGACCUUUCCUGGCUAGAAGCUUCGGCAUCGAGGCUCUCUUGAGCACGAUUUGAUGUACGGAAAGUCGGCAGCUCCAAGCCACUAUCCCCUCCUCCUGCCAGGGCGUCGUAAACACGGUUCCGUCGCCAUUGUAGAACUUGUUGCGUGGCUUGGACAACGACAUCGUGGACGUAGAUGGUCGACGCCGACCGCCUGAGGUCUGGGGGGAGCGAGGGCAGCGGGGGUGAAGGUUCAGUGUGCCACGGAAUGACUGGAAAGGGAGAGGCGGCAGGUGAAACAGAGGGAUGAAAGGCUGCUGCGACAAGUCGCGUGUAAACAAACCCGACGGUUUUGGCCACCGUCGCUUGUGCAACGAUACGUUCGGGCGUACGAAGUGUCAUCUGCAGACUGGCCGACCAUGCUCUAACCAAAACGUG